AUGGCUCAGCAGGAAGGCGGGUGGCCUCUGGGGCUGCAACCAUUGAAUGCCAGAGUUGGGGUUGUGAGGAAUCGCGGGUGCUCCGGAUCAGCCUCGUUCAGCACGCUCCUCACCGGUUCUCCCAGUGACACUUCUUCAGAUCCUGAUACAGAAUCAACCGGGUCCUUCCAUGACAAAAGCAUCACACUCGGGAGCCUAAUUGGUGCUUCUAGCAUUCUAGAACUUCCAAGACGGUCAGCAAGGAUGAGAAUUGCUGAAAGUUCUAGAGACAGAAGGAGUUACAAAUCCAAAUCCUGGUUCUUCUCUCUCUGCUCGAAGCUCAACACAGACGCUGUGACCAUCAAUGGUGCUCAAUCCCUCGGUUACUUUCUAGAAGCAGAAAGAAGGGCCGCCGGUGGUUACAGGAGAAAUAGCAACCUGACACUUUGCCGGCCCAGUUACCUCAAGCAAGAUCUUCCUGCUUCAGAUUCAAGAGCGCUGUGUGUUGGUGGACAAGUGGCUACUAACUUGGCCAUUCCCACAGGUGCAGACAGGAAGAGGAAACCGCGAAAGGUUUAUCAUGGUCCAUAG